AUGUCAAAUGACUCUUUCACUCUGGCUGCCUACAGCCUCACACUGUGUGGUAGAAUCAUUGAAAAGGUAUAUUGUGACAACUUAUCAUUGGUGAGACUGGCCUGUUGUUCUUUUGAACUGUACCAAAACAAAUUCAAUAUGAGCUUUCUCCCCUACUCACUUCGUGUAGUACUUUCAUUGUACUUUUUGAUUGUCGGACCAGCUAUUAAUCCAGUCAUCUAUGGUGCUAGAACAGAAAAGAUUAGUAGUGCCAUAAAGAAAACAAUAUUUUGGCUCAAAAACGAUUUUUGA